AUGUCAGAAUUAGCGAAGCGAUCUUCAGGAUCAGAGUCGCCAAAUACGCAGUGCCGGAACGACACGCCCUCGCUGAGGCGAAGGGCAACACCUUCCCCAAACCACGAGCCCGAGAACAGGUACGACAGACGCUUCGCCACGGGCCUGGUGGCUGCUAUGGGGUCCAAAACGCCUUCCCCCAACAUUAUGUUCGUCCCAAUGUCCAGUGAACCGGGAAGAAGAGCUAAAAUACGCCCUGAUCUUCGAGCUUCGGCAAAGGCACAUGUGAUGUACGACUACAAGCGCAGGACUGCCGAGAAACGUCUGGCAGAGUGGAAGAUGUCAACACCGAAGACUUAUUCGCUGGGACCAAAAGAGCCCUUGGUGGAAGCCCCGGCCUUCAGCCCUCCAACAUCGGUUCCAGAACAAGUUCUGAGUUGGCAGGUGGUGGAAUUCCAGACGAAGGAAAUCCAGUCAAAGUUGGAGGCGAAAACUUCCUCCAAGAAAACGACCCAAUGUGAACGAACUGGUCACUCGUCUCAGCAGAUCUCGUCGCCUUCAUCAUUACAGCCUUCUGCAGCCACCGUCUUCGAUUCCGAAAGAGCGCCCAUCUUUACCCAACCCCGUGGCAGCAGCUUGUUGGAUGUCUUCUAUGCACUCCCGAUCCAAGUCCAACCGUGGGACGAAACGCUAGUCAUCCGCUGGCUCCACUACGACCGUAUUCCCUGGUGCCCUGUCAACGGCCAAAGCCAGUGGAUCCCGUUUGUAACACAGUCCCCGGUCCUUAUACACACGAAUCUGUAUUGCUGGGGCAUGCACUGGCAUGGAAAGCUCACGGGAACUGACCAACGCAUCUUCCUCAGCCAGAAUCCACGAAUUCUUGAACAUAAGAUCGUUGCCAUUCAGAUGAUCAAUGCAUCGCUCGAGUCUCAGCCGACCGUUUCUGAUGAAAUCCUAGCCGCAGUGGCCAUCUUUAUCAAUGUCUCCUUGCAGUUUCUCAAUCGGGAUGAGGCCGCAAAGCAUAUGGUGGGUUUGGAGACAUUACUCAGGCUCCGAGGCGGGCUCGAAAGCCUUUCACGUAUGGGUACGAUUGGCGUCCUUCUGCAACGGAUGAUCAGCUGGAAUGAUCUCUUCUUCGUGGAGCUUUUUGGAGGUGAUCUCCGUUUCUCCCUCCUUCCGCGUUGGGAGGAGGCGUGGAAAGCUGUAUAUGAACCUCUCAUUGCCGAUCCAGUGACCCACCUUGAACCGCUCCAGGCACGCUUUGCUGGGGAUCCCGCUUACGAGAUCAUGUCAGUCUUGCGAGAGAUGCAAGUGGUCUGCUACGAUAUCCUAGCGCGGCCACUGGAGACAUUGACCGCGGCGGAGAAGACUCUGCGGCAUGACAACCUCUUCCGCUUUGAACGUCGUCUUUGUCUUGCCACGCGCAUCACGUCAAUGCCACAUCGUACACAGAUUGGUCCACAGGAAAACAACAAUUCCCUGUGGCGAGCAGUCGCCUAUGCCGCGUUGAUGUAUGUGCAUCAUCACAUGCGACCGGGAUACGCAUUGCAUUUGGCACAAUUUCGAGCAUUGUCCGUGCAGCUUCGUGGAGAACUAUUUUCCACGAACGCUGAGAGCUGGGACGCCGCGCCAGCGUUGCAUCUGUGGGUCCUCGCCGUGGGAAGCUGGGUGAGCCAGAGGGAGGACUGGAUUUUGAACAUGCUUGCAGAGGCGUGUCGAAUGCGGAAGUGUGUGACUUGGAAUAGGUUUGAAACGAUGAUCAAGCUUUGUCCGAACUUAGGACCUGCGGAUGAUGAGAGGUCUAGGAUUGUCUGGGAAGCUGUAGCCCGGUUACUAUAA